AUGUACAUUAAACAGAUUAUUAUCCAGGGCUUCAAGAGCUACAAGGACCAGACAGUCAUCGAGCCUUUCUCCCCCGGCACAAACGUCAUUGUCGGUCGCAAUGGAUCUGGCAAGAGUAACUUCUUCGCGGCCAUCCGCUUCGUCCUCAGCGAUGCCUACACCCAGAUGACUCGCGAAGAGCGCCAGGCGCUUCUGCACGAAGGUUCAGGAUCAGCCGUCAUGUCGGCAUAUGUCGAAAUUAUUUUCGACAACAGCGACGAGCGCUUUCACGGUGGAGGCAAGGAGGUCAUCCUGCGCCGUACCAUCGGCACCAAGAAGGACGAGUACUCAGUCGACCGGAAAGUCGUUACAAAGAGCGAUGUCAUCAAUCUGCUCGAGGCUGCCGGCUUCUCGAGAUCGAAUCCUUACUACAUUGUGCCCCAGGGUCGUGUCACAGCAUUGACGAAUAUGAAGGAGUCUGACAGACUCACUCUGUUGAAAGAGGUUGCGGGUACCCAGGUUUACGAAGCGCGUCGAACCGAGUCGCUGAAGAUUAUGAACGAGACGAACAACAAGAGAGAAAAGAUCGAUGAGCUGCUGGGUUAUAUUAAGGAACGUCUGGCUGAGCUCGAGGAGGAAAAGGAGGAGCUUCGAGGUUUCCAGGACAAGGACCGUGAGCGCAGGUGUCUUGAGUACGCGCUCUACUAUCAGGAGCAACAGCAGAUUCAAGAACAACUCGAGCGCAUUGAAAGCAUCCGUCAGAGUGGCCUAGACAACACCGACUCGAUACGCUCCGAGCUGAAGGAAGCAGAGAAGGCGCUCACGAAGUUAGAGGCGGACAUUCACAAGUUGACAAAGGAGCUGGACUUGGCCAAGGUCGAGCGCCGUCAACUCGAGGAAGAUCGUCGUGAGACUGCUAAGGCCAAGGCCAAGGCAGAACUUAAAGUGAAGACGCUAUCAGAGGGGCAGUCCGCGGCAGUGCAAGCCCAGCAGCAGCACGAGGCUGACCUUACGGCGACCAUCGAAGAGAUUUCCGCAAAGAAGCAGGAGCUCAACAACAUCAUCCCCGAAUACCUUCGACGAAAAGCCCAAGAAGCGGAGAAGAAACAGCAGUUAGAUACUGCCGAAGCCGCCCGCAACCGUCUCUUCACCAAGCAAAGUCGUGGCUCCCAAUUUAAGAAUAAGUCUGAGCGUGAUAAGUACUUGCGAGCUGAAAUUGAGGACUUGCAAUCAAGACUCAUGAGUCACAAGGCAAACAAGAUGGAUGCCGAUGAGGAUGUGGCCAGGACCGAAAACGCCAUCAAGCAACUUGAAAAUGAAGUUGCAAACCUGAGAGAACAGCUGCAAAACUCUGGUGGCGCUCGCAACGAACUCUUUGAGGAGGCAAGCAGAGCACGAGAGGUUUUGGACAAGCUUGAUGAUGAGAGGAAGGUCCUCUGCCGUCAGGAAGAGAAGCUCGAUACGGUCUUGUCAGAUGCGCGACAAGAGAGAGAGCGGGCGGAUCGUGAGCUUAGCACAAUGAUGGACAGAGACACUGCCCAGGGUCUUGCUACAAUUCGCCGCCUGAAGGCUACGGAGGACAUCCCCGGUGCCUAUGGAACGAUGGCGGAGCUGCUCAAGGUCAGCGACACUUACCGGCUUCCUGUUGAGCAAAUUGCGGGUAAUAGCUUGUUCCACUACAUCGUCGAUACCGACCAAACUGCGACAUACCUGACAAACCACUUGCGCUCCACCUAUGGUGGUAGACUUACCUUUAUGCCUCUCAACCGUCUCCAUCCCAGGCACGUCAACAUGCCGCGGUCUCAAGAUGGCAUCGUGCCUCUCAUAAGCAAAAUUACCUAUGAUUCUACGUUCGAGAAAGCCUUCCAACAAGUGUUUGGCAAAGUUGUCGUUUGCCCUAAUCUGAGCAUUGGAGGUCAGUACGCAAGGAGUCACGGCGUCGACGCCAUUACUCUGGAUGGUGACACCACAAACAAAAGGGGCGCGAUGACUGGUGGAUACAUCGACCCUAGGCGAUCCAGGCUGGAGCAGGUUCAGGCUGUCAACAAAUGGCGAGACGAAUAUGAGCGACUCCUAUUGCAAGCCAAUGAGUUCAGGGCUCAGAUCGAGCAAAAAGAUCAAGAAAUUACUCGCGCCUUGGGUGAAGUUCAAAAGGCUGAGCAGAAAUUGCGUCAAUUGGAAGCCGGCUUUGAGCCGUUGAGACAUGAGCUCGCCAACAAGAAUGCUCAGCUUGAGCACGAGAGACGCCGUUUGAGCGACGCCAUCAGACACAGAGAGGCGGUUGAGCGGGACAUGAGGGUUUUCACCGAGAGUCUCGCGGCCGAUGAGGCCGAAUUGGCAUCCGAUUUCAAGAAGGCUCUCAGUAAUGCUGAAGAGAAGCAGCUUGUCGAGCUCGACAUGCAGGUUCAGCAGCUUCAGAGAGAGUGGAACGAGGCCAGCAAGAAGAGAAGAGAUGCAGAGAGCCGUAAACAGAUUCUUGAGACGGAUAUCAACCAGAACCUCCAGCUGCGCCUCGAUCAGCUCAAUAGCCAAGCUUUCGAGAACAACACUGCCUCUGGCGAUUCCGGCGGCCUUAAGGAGGCACAGCGCGAACUCAAGAAGCUACAGAAGGAAUCCAAGGCUAUCGAGGCCAAGAUGCAAGAAAUCGAGGCUAAGAUCGAAGAGCUUGGUAGCAAGCUGGACCGUCGGGAGGCAAAGAAGGCGGAGCAGGAGGAGAUCCGGGCCACUGUUGCCGCAAGAGAGGCCAAGCAGCGCGGUGCAAUCGAAAAGAGCAUGUCGAAGAAGGCUGUGUACACGGCUCAGGCUGCAGAUGCCGCGAAGGCAAUCAGAGACCUCGGUGUUCUGCCCGAAGAGGCGUUUGACAAGUACGAGAACAUGGACCCGCGCCAGAUCGACUCUAGGCUGAAGAAGGUUCGAAACGCGCUGAAGAAGUUCCAGCACGUCAACAAGAAGGCUUUCGAACAGUACAACAGCUUCACCUCGCAGCAGGAUCAGCUGAUGAAGCGUCGCAAGGAACUCGAUGCCUCGCAGGAGUCUAUCGAGGAGCUUGUUGCCCAUCUUGACCAGCGCAAGGACGAAGCUAUUGAACGUACCUUCAAGCAAGUGUCCAAGGAAUUUGCCACCAUCUUUGAGAAGCUCGUUCCGGCUGGUCAUGGCCGCUUGGUCAUCCAGCGCCGGACCGACCGCCGCGUUGACCCCGAAGAGUCCGACGAGGAGCAGAGAGGCAGCGUUGAGAACUACACUGGUGUCGGCAUCAGCGUGUCUUUCAAUUCCAAGACCCUCGAUGAGCAGCAGAGAAUCCAGCAACUCAGUGGUGGACAAAAGAGUUUGUGUGCCCUGUGCCUCAUUUUCGCCCUCCAGCAGACGGAAAGCAGUCCCAUGGUCAUCUUCGACGAGGUCGACGCCAACCUGGACGCGCAGUACCGUACCGCCGUCGCCAGUCUCCUCGAGUCUAUCUCGCAGGAAGCCGGCACGCAGUUCAUCUGCACCACUUUCCGUCCUGAGAUUGUCCACAUCGCCGACAAGUGCUACGGUGUUACCUUCCACAACAAGACGAGUUCCAUCGACUGUGUUCCCACCGAGGAAGCCCUCAGCUUCGUCGAGGGCGUCGCGGCCGGCAAGUAG